UAGCAUCCAACGCAGAAUUUGCACACAGUUAUAGACUUCAAGAAUCUGCAGAUCUACACCCAACAUAUAAGAUCCCGCAAACCUGGUAUUGUUAAUUACAGCCUCAAAAGCUUCUCCUCUUCUCUCCACCACUUUUCACCUUUUCCAUAGUUUGAUAUUUUCAAUCCACAUUCCUUCUUGUUCCUCCUUUCUUUAGUAAGCCGCGAAAAGAAUAGUUCCCCUUCCCGCUCACUGCGUGGUUGCGUUCUUUCACUGCUUUCCUACACGGAUUCUUCUCAUGGCUGUUCACGGAGAUUCCUCAGUUUCAUGGUUUCAGCUGCUGCUGCUAGUACUACAAGGGCGAAUUAUUUUUCUCCCCUGUCUCGUUCCUUCACACCUGGGGGAGUAUAGAAGGAGCUCGCUGAUCUGACAUGGGUGAGAAUGGCUUGGAAGCAGAUAAUAAGGCAAUCACAUCAGAGAAUCACGCAGAAUGCAGCACAAACGAGGCAAACAGAGAGAUGGUCAGGCAAAAAAGAAAAGUUGAUAGAGUUCCAUUUUACAGGCUCUUCUCGUUUGCGGAUUCCACUGAUACUCUCUUAAUGAUCGUCGGCACCAUUGGGGCCAUUGGAAAUGGCAUGGGUUUGCCUCUCAUGACCUUACUGAUGGGCCAAAUGAUCAACGCUUUUGGAAGUAACCAGCAAAGCACCGACAUUGCUGCAAAAGUUUCCAAGGUCUCUUUGAAAUUUGUGUACUUGGCAGUGGGAUGCGGUGUGGCAGCAUGUCUCCAGGUGUCUUGCUGGAUGGUCACAGGGGAAAGACAGGCUGCACGAAUAAGGGGUUUGUAUCUGAAAACCAUACUGAGACAGGACGUUGCUUUCUUCGAUAAGGAGACGAACACUGGAGAGGUGGUGGGGAGAAUGUCCGGUGACACUGUUCUCAUACAAGAUGCCAUGGGAGAGAAGGUUGGGAAAUUUCUGCAACUAAUUUCAACAUUCAUUGGCGGCUUUGUGGUAGCAUUUAUCAAAGGAUGGCUUCUUGCACUUGUCAUGUUGUCCAUUCUUCCAUUGCUGGUGGUAGCCGGGGCAUCCAUGGCCUUCAUUAUAGGAAGGAUGGCUUCCCGUGGUCAGACAGCUUAUGCAAAAGCUGCAAAUGUCGUUGAACAAACUCUUGGCUCUAUUAGAACUGUGGCAUCCUUCACAGGCGAAAAGCAAGCAGUGUCUACUUACAGCAAAUUUCUUGUGGAUGCUUACAGAUCAGGAGUCCAUGAAGGCGUUGUAGCCGGCCUGGGUUUCGGCAUGGUUAUGUUUGUCUUUUUCUGUGGUUAUGCUUUGGCUGUAUGGUUUGGCGCAAAGAUGAUAUUGGAAAGAGGAUACAACGGCGGCACGGUGAUUAAUGUGAUUGUUGCUAUAUUAACUGCUUCCAUGUCACUUGGGCAGGCCACCCCUUGCUUGAGUGCUUUUGCUGCGGGUCAAGCUGCAGCUUAUAAAAUGUUCGAGACAAUUGAGAGAAAGCCUGAGAUAGACGCUUAUGAUCCAGACGGUAAAGUAUUAGAGGACAUCAACGGCGAGAUAGAGUUGAAAGAUGUUUACUUUAGUUAUCCAACUAGACCUGAGGAGCUAGUAUUCAAUGGGUUCUCUCUUCAUAUACCAAGUGGCGCCACCUCUGCCUUGGUUGGAGAGAGUGGAAGUGGGAAGUCAACAGUUAUUAGCUUAAUAGAAAGAUUCUAUGAUCCACAGGCAGGUGAAGUUCUUGUUGAUGGCGUCAACUUGAAAGAACUUCAGCUCAGAUGGAUUAGAGGUAAAAUCGGCCUUGUCAGCCAGGAGCCUGUGUUGUUUGCAUCGAGCAUUAUGGAUAACAUCGUGUAUGGAAAGGAGGGAGCGACAAUUGAAGAGAUAAGAGCUGCAGCUGAACUCGCAAAUGCUGCCAAGUUCAUUGAUAAAUUGCCACAGGGAUACGACACAAUGGUUGGCGAACAUGGAACUCAGCUAUCUGGUGGACAGAAACAACGUAUUGCUAUUGCAAGAGCAAUUAUAAAAGAUCCAAGAAUACUCCUUCUAGAUGAAGCGACAAGUGCAUUGGAUGCAGAAUCUGAAAGGAUAGUUCAAGAGGCUCUAGAUAGGGUCAUGGUGAACCGAACAACCGUUAUUGUGGCUCAUAGAUUGAGCACAGUGAGGAAUGCUGAUAUGAUUGCUGUGAUUCAUAGGGGGAAGAUGGUUGAAAAAGGAACGCAUUCAGAGCUUCUCAAGGAUCCUGAGGGAGCUUACUCUCAGCUUAUACGCUUGCAAGAAGUAAACAAAGAGUCAGAAGAAUCUUCAGAGCGUCAAAACAGAAGUGAAAUUUCCCUAGAAUCGUUCAGACAAUCAAGCCAAAGGAGGUCACUUCGGAGAUCUAUAAGUCGAGGAUCGUCUGUCGGCAAUAGUAGCAGGCACUCAUUUUCAGUACCAUUCGGCAUGCCCACUGUAGUUAACGUCCCUGAACCUGAGCUUGAAAAAUUAGACGCGAAAAAAGAAUUGCCAGAGAUUCCAAUUCUCCGCCUUGCUUCCCUCAACAAGCCUGAAAUUCCAGUGCUUCUGCUUGGAUGCGUGGCUGCCAUUAUAAAUGGUGCAAUACUUCCGGUGUUUGGUUUGUUGGUUUCUUCUGUUAUCAAAACAUUCUACGAGCCCCCUCAUGAGAUGAAAAAGGAUUCCAAGUUUUGGGCAAUUGUUUUUUUGGCCCUUGGCAUUGCAUCUCUUCUCGCAAUUCCAUCCCGAGGAUACUUGUUCUCUGUAGCUGGCUGUAAGUUAAUCCAACGCAUCAGAAUGAUGUGUUUUGAGAAGGUUGUGAACAUGGAGGUUGGUUGGUUUGAUGACCCAGAGCACUCAAGCGGAGUAAUAGGUGCAAGGCUUUCGGCAGAUGCUUCGACAGUGCGAGCCCUUGUUGGUGAUGCGCUAGGUCUUCUGAUUCAAAAUGCAGCUUCCAUGUUGACAGGUUUAGUUAUUGCUUUCAUUGCGAGCUGGGAGUUAGCUUUAAUUAUUCUGGUACUUAUUCCCCUGAUUGGGGUGAAUGGAUAUAUUCAAAUGAAAUUCAUGAAGGGUUUUAGUGCAGAUGCAAAGAUGAUGUACGAAGAAGCAAGUCAAGUAGCUAAUGAUGCUGUUGGAAGCAUCCGAACAGUGGCUUCUUUCUGUGCCGAAGAGAAGGUAAUGGAACUGUACAGGAAGAAAUGCGUAGGCCCCAUGAAAUCUGGGAUAAGGCUAGGCUUGAUCAGUGGAGCAGGAUUUGGGUGUUCGUUUUUCUUACUUUUUAGUGUCUAUGCUGCAAGUUUCUAUGCCGGAGCUAGGCUUGUGGAUGCUGGCAGAACUAAUUUCUCAGACGUUUUUCGGGUUUUCUUUGCUCUAACAAUGGCGGCAAUGGCAGUUUCCCAGUCGAGCUCUAUGGCUCCGGAUUCUAGCAAAGCCAAGUCUGCCACUUCUUCCAUAUUUGAUCUAAUCGACGGGAAGUCCAAGAUAGACUCCAGCGACGAGUCCGGCGCCACGAUGGAUAACGUAAAGGGAGAAAUUGAGCUCCGUCAUAUAAGCUUCAAAUAUCCAUCCAGACCAGAUACACAAAUUUUCCGGGACCUCAAUCUGGCUAUCCACUCGGGCAAGACAGUGGCCCUCGUUGGCGAGAGUGGAAGCGGGAAAUCCACGGUGAUUGCAUUGCUCCAAAGAUUUUAUGACCCAGACUCAGGGGAGAUCACGCUUGAUGGAAUAGAAAUUCGAACGUUACAGAUCAAGUGGUUAAGACAGCAGAUGGGGCUCGUGAGCCAAGAACCAGUGUUGUUCAAUGACACUGUCCGUGCCAACAUUGCCUACGGAAAAGGAGGCGAUGCAACAGAAGCGGAAGUCACAGCUGCAGCAGAACUGGCCAACGCUCACAAGUUCAUCAGUGGCUUACACCAGGGUUAUGAGACGGUAGUGGGGGAGAGGGGACUCCAGUUGUCUGGGGGCCAGAAACAGAGGGUGGCCAUAGCACGCGCCAUAAUCAAGAGUCCAAAGAUAUUACUGCUAGACGAGGCCACGAGUGCGUUGGAUGCCGAGUCAGAGCGAGUGGUUCAAGAUGCAUUAGACAAAGUGAUGGUGAAUCGGACUACUGUGGUGGUAGCGCAUCGUCUGUCCACCAUAAAGAAUGCGGAUGUGAUUGCCGUCGUCAAGAACGGAGUCAUAGUAGAGAAAGGAAGGCAUGAGACGCUGAUUAACAUUCAAGAUGGCUUCUAUGCGUCCCUAGUCCAGCUUCAUACUAGUGCUUCCACUGCAUGAUUCUAUUUUUCCUUCUUCUUGUGAACUGCAAUACAAGGGCAAUAAAGGCAUCAUCUCCCUCA